AGGUGGCACCGGCAUUAUCUGCAUGAAUAACCUGUUUAAUUUGCGUUAAGCUUUAAUAAGACACGAAUUUAAAACUGAACAUUCUAGCGAUAGCCUUUGAGAAAAAAAGCAGCAUGAAAGGCUAUAUAUUUUGAGAGAUUGAGCAUGACACUUACCUUUGUGUAUCUCAUAUGGUUUGGGAGUUCUAUUUGAUGUAAAAUUUUUUGCUAUUCAAGUUGGGUGAACGAGUGAAAGAUUUAUAAAUUUGUUCUUAUAAUAUUAAAAAAGAGGGGAGACUGGAAUUAGCCAAGUAGAGAGAAAGAUGAAGAGCUUCAAGUGCAUAGCAGGAUUUCUGUUCCUCUCCAUUUUCACAUCAUUGUUUAAUGCAAAUGCCGAGUCCCCACAUUUUUAUUAUGAGUGGAUUGUCAGUCUUUCUUAUCGUGCUCCUCUUGGUGUUAACAAACAGGUGAUUGUGAUCAACGAUCAGUUCCCAGGACCACUCUUGAACACUACAACCAACGAUGUCGUGGAUAUUAAUAUCUAUAACAACAUGACUGUUCCUUUUCUGAUGACAUGGAACGGCGUGCAACUAAGGAGGACUUCGUGGCAAGAUGGAGUUGAAGGGACCAAUUGCCCCAUUCCGCCUGGAAAAAAUUGGACCUACAGCUUUCAGGUGAAGGAUCAGAUAGGGAGUUUUUUUUACUACCCUUCACUUCUGCUGCAGAAAUCUGCUGGUGGAUAUGGUGCUAUUCGUAUCAACAAUCCUUUCGAUGUUCCCAUUCCAUUUCCACAGCCAUUUGAAGAUUUUGAUUUGCUUAUUGGAGAUUGGUACAAUGCAGAUUACCAGGACUUGAGAACUUCCCUCGAUAAUGGGGAAAUUUUACCUUCACCUGAUGGAAUUCUCAUCAAUGGACUGCCACCUUAUCAAGCAGUUUUGGAUUUUGAACCAGGAGUUACCUACAGGCUAAGAAUAUCAAAUGUAGGCUUGAGAACGUCCUUGAAUUUCAGAAUUUAUGAUCAUAUGUUGCUUUUGGUGGAGACAGAAGGGUCAUACACUGUUAAACAGUACUUGGAUAGUUUAGACAUUCAUGUCGGCCAAUCUUACUCUGUCCUGGUAACGGCAAAGAACGUCAGUGGCGAGUCCUACUACAUGGUUGCUAGUUCUCGCUUCACCGAUUUUGAACUUUUCGGCAUCGGAAUCAUUCGCUAUCCAGACUCUGCAGGGGUUCCUGACGGUCCUCUUCCCGUCGGACCAUUCUUCAGGGAUUAUCAGUUCUCCGUUGACCAAGCUCGCUCCAUCAGGUGGGACUUGUCAGUAGGAGCUGCUAGGCCAAAUCCUCAAGGUUCCUACCACUAUGGAAGCAUCAAUGUGACACGCACACUAGUCCUUGAGAACGGUGUGAUGUUUAAUGGGAACAAAAAGGCGUUCACAAUCAAUGGGGUGUCGUUUCUUCAGCCAGACACACCAUUAAAACUCGCAGACUAUUUCCAGAUCAGCGAUGUUUUCAGCCCUGGUGUAAUUCCUGACAUACCAAAUUCAAACUAUCCCCCGGUAUUUGGGACUUCAGUUAUUUAUGCUAAUCAACGCGAUUUUUACCAUAUUGUCUUCCAAAAUCCUGCUGAGUUUUUGCAGUCAUGGCAUCUUGAUGGCUACAACUUUUUUGUUGUUGGCAUGGAUGCUGGUAUGUGGGAUGAGAGUAAAAUUGCAACAUAUAAUAUGAUUGAUGCUGUUUCUCGUUCCACUGUUCAGGUUUAUCCAUUCUCGUGGACAUCAAUAUUGGUGAUGUUGGAUAACAGAGGAAUGUGGAAUCUGAGAUCACAGGAUGCAGUGAACUCCUAUCUCGGACAACAGCUCUACAUAAGAGUGGAAGGUCCAGAGAAAGACCCAUCAGAGAUUUCUGCGAGAGAUGAAUCUCCAAUUCCUCAGAAUGCACUUUUAUGUGGAAAGGCCGUUUACCCAUGAUCAUAUUCCUUAUAAUUUUUUUUUUUCAUUUUUACAUGGGUAACCGUUAAAAGACUAAACUUGUAGGAUUUUUUUUUUUCAUCGGCAGGUGAUUAGGGUAUA